ACACAAGGCUCAGAGAUGGCUGUCUGUGUUGCGGUGAUAGCUAAAGAGAACUACCCAUUGUACAUCACCAAUCCGACAGAAAAUGAACUCAAGUUCCACUACACCGUCCACACAUGUCUGGAUGUCAUUGGAAAGGUGUCAGCCGUUGGCAAGAGUGUGAACGACCCUAGAGAGCUGUACCUGGGGCUGUUGUACCCAACAGAGGACUACAAAGUCUAUGGAUACGUCACAAACACCAAGGUCAAGUUUGUCAUCGUUGUGGAGUCGUCCAAUAUGCAACUCAGAGACAACGAGAUACGAAAUAUGUUUAAGACGCUACAUAAUGCUUAUGUGGACAUGCUGUGCAAUCCUUUCUACACACCAGGAGAAAAUAUAAAAUCAAAGACUUUUGACAACACAGUGAUGCAGAUGAUGGUGCAAGACUGAAGUUUUUCAAUUCCAGAAUAAUAUUCCAUAGUUAUUUAUACAAAAAAAACGAAUGGUGAAGAUACAGCUGGAAAUUAAACCCUGCCUGUUUUUUUUUUGGGGGGGGGAGAGAUUUGAUUUGUCUAUGGGCAGAUGAAAGCAUAUGGGAAUUUGGUCUAACUGGGAACACCCAAAAAGGUACAGCUCUUUCAAGCAGAGGACAAACAGGAAAAUGCUUGUUUCCACCAGGAGCAAAGCGUACCAAAAGAAACAAAAACAGACUGAACUGCCAUGUACUUUAAUCAGUUUUACACAAAACUUGCGUUAAAGGGAGAUAUGAUGGACAGUUUUAUCGGGAAACUAUAUUUUAACAAAAAAAAAAAAAGAACAAGUGAUGAUACUGAAGCAAUCCCUAAACACGUGAUUACUUCGGGACCAGCAAAUCUCGUCCCAGCUGGACGGUUACGACAUCGUGUCUCCCCAGACUACAGUCGUAUAAAACACAUCACACAAAAGGGACACAAAUGCAGACCAAGUUUUUUAACAGGAAUUUAUUAGUCAUCUUUUCGCCAAAAAAAAAAACCAGUAGAUCAGAAUCAGUUUCUAGCCUAGUGUAUUUCAGAGUAAAAAGUAAAAAUUGCUACCUAAAGCCUAACUCUGGGAAUUCCCCUAUUCCAUAUACAUGUAUUAUCUUAACCCCACCCCCCAUUAGACAAAUAUGCAUACAUUGACUUUAAACUUGAAAUUUUGUUUUUAAAACCGGAGGUCAGACUGAUAUUGAUAUUUAAAAGAGAAAUUUUAAAAUGUUCAGCUUAACAUUGUACAUAUGUAACCAAAAAAUAAAUAAAAAGAAAACAGUAUAAGAAGGCCUUAAACGAUUAUUUUUGUGUGAUUUGUACUUAAUAGUCUAAGUAUUAGUAGCUAUUAUAGUUGCCUCCAAAACAAAACAAAAAGCCUGCUCUAGCAUCCUGGCCAAUAGGUGGAAAAUUGUACCAAUUUUUAAGAAUUUUGUUGGAGGAUA